UCCAUCUUCUUCCUCUUCUCAUCUCCACUUCUCAUCUCCAUCUUCUUCCUCUUCUCAUCUCCAUAACCAUUUUCGAUUAGUUGAAAGAUGAAAGGAGUUCCACCAAUUUCACAGCAAAGAGAAGCUUCAACUACCCAAAUUGGAAGUCAAUCAUCAUCCUCACGUUUUGAUCGGAGGCCUGACUGUUUUUGUGAGAGAAAGACAGUGAUGCUUAGAGCAAAAACAUUGAAGAAUCCAGGGAGACAAUUCUACACAUGCCCACUAAACAAAGAAGAUAGUGCAAAUUGCAAAUACUUCAUGUGGGUUGAUGAGUGGGAAGACUAUCUUGCAAAUGAAUCUUUAAGAAGAGUAGAAAGAAAAGAAGGAGUAAAAGAUGAUGAAAUGAAAACUAGUGUUGACAACAAUUAUGAAAAUGAUAAGUUCAAGUGA